CUGUUAUCGAAACGCACUGCGUUAUCAUCGCCGGACACGAGCGCAACGAUACAGUUGGCACUUUCCAACAAUUCGAAUCGUACGGCCGACCAAUAUUGUCGCACCGAGCACGUAUCACGGGCACCGUCAACCGAACACCAUUUUAAUUCGCAUCGUCCACUGACCACCCGUCAAACAUGAUUGGACCCUGUCACUGUGCUGUCGUCGCGUUGUCGUUGUAUGCGAUGGUAUCGGCCGCCGCUGGUUGUAAGUAUUCCGUGGACUCGUACACCACUACGGAUGCGAUGAUCGUCACCGAGGCCGCGUUCAUCGCCCAGGUCAGUGUCGCCGAGUGCGAGGACCCGCCGUCCAACUUGUACGCCGAGGUGGAAGGCAAGCUGGUAGUGGCCGCCAACGCUGGACCGAACAAGUACCAGGUCAGCUGGCUGGAUGAUUUCAAGAAGGCCCGUCGCGGCGAUUACAACGUCAAAUUGUACGACGAAGCCGGCUACGGACAACUGAGGAAGCUGUUACGUGACGGAGAAUCCAUUAGUGGUGUGACACCAGUGCAUUCUGCUUACGUACGCUACUCUGGUGCCUACAGGGGCGUGUGGGUUAAUUCCGAAUUUUUGGCUGCUAUUGUGAGUCUAGUGGUUUUGUACUUUGCGUAUACAUUCAAAUCGAAAAUUGUCUCCUAAUCUCAAUUUAAGUAAUUUUGAUUGUUACAAAGUCUGCUGUUUGGUUUUUAUACCACAACUGUUAUAUUUUUUUUUACAUU